GGGGCAUUGGAGCUGAUUUCCCCCCUCUAAAUUAAGAAGAAGCUACCCCCCAGUUUGGUGGGAUGAAGCAACCAUGGCACCUCCCCCCAUCUUUAUUCCUCAAUUUGGUGCACGUUUGCUUGGUUCAGGGAAAUUACGCUCCCUAUUUCUUCGAUAAUGGACCAAGCAGCACUAAUGGGAACAUGGCACUCCUCAGUCUUUCAGAGGACACAGCUGUGGGUACACAUGUAUACACACUAAAUGGAACGGACCCAGAAGGAGAUCCUGUAACCUAUGGCAUGACCUUUGAAGCUGCAUCAAGAAACUACUUUGCUAUUGAUGAAAACUAUGGCAAUGUUACACUAAUUGAGGAGCUUGACCGAGAGAGAGAAGAUGAGAUAGAAGUUGUUGUCAGCAUUUCAGAUGGCUUAAGUACUGUGGCUGAGAAAGUCAGAAUCCUUGUGACAGAUGCCAAUGAUGAAAGCCCAGAAUUUAUCAACACACCUUACAUAGUCCAAGUUCAGGAGAGCACUCCCUCUGGGAGCAGCAUCUUCAAAAUUGAAGCAGUGGACAGAGACACAGGUUCUGGUGGCAGCAUUACCUACUUUCUACAGAAUAUCCGUACAAAUAAGUUUACUAUAGAUCGUCACAGCGGUGUCCUUCGCAUCAAAACAGGGAUCACACUUGACUAUGAAAAAUCGAGAACUCAUUUUGUUACUGUGGUGGCAAAGGAUGGUGGCGGCAAGCUCCGUGGUAACAACAAGGUCUUCUCGGCCACAACCACUGUCACUAUCAAUGUAGAAGAUGUUCAGGACACACCUCCAAUGUUUGUCGGCACUCCCUACUAUGGAUAUGUCUAUGAGGAUACUCUGUCAGGUUCUGAGGUAAUAACAGUUGUUGCAAUUGAUGGAGACCGAGGGAAACCAAAUGACAUUCAUUACUAUCUUAUGAAUGGAAGUGAAGGUUCAUUUGAAAUAAACAACGCAACUGGAGCCAUUUCUGUUAUUAAAAGUCCAACUCAGCUGAAGAAAGAAGUGUAUGAACUGAAAAUUCAGGCCUCAGAAAUCAGUCCAGAAGGUGAUGUGACUGAAUAUGCCUUUGCUACAGUAACCAUAAGAAUUGUUGACCUCAACAAUCACCCACCAACAUUUUAUGGAGAAAAUGGGCCACAGAACCGAUUUGAAAUCACCAUGUAUGAGCAUCCACCAGAGGGUGAGAUCCUGAGGGGCCUCAAAAUUACUGUCAAUGAUUCCGACCAGGGAGCAAAUGCUAAAUUCAACCUCCGCCUUGUUGGGCCUGGUGGAAUUUUCCGUGUCGUUCCUCAGACCGUCCUAAAUGAAGCCCAGGUCACAAUAAUAGUAGAAAACUCUGCUGCCAUUGAUUAUGAAAAAUUCCAGGUUUUAACCUUCAAGCUUCUUGCAGUAGAAGUUAACACUCCUGAGAAGUUUAGUUCAACAGCUGAUAUCGUGAUACGUCUCUUGGAUACUAAUGACAAUGUCCCGAAGUUUUCAUCUGAUUACUAUAUUGCUAGGAUUCCAGAAAAUUCCCCUGGGGGUUCCAAUGUAGUGGCUGUAACAGCAACAGAUCCAGAUUCUGGCCUUUGGGGUGAAAUGAAAUACUCCAUAUAUGGAAUGGGAGCAGAUCUAUUCCUGAUCCACCCUUCCACUGGGAUUAUCUACACUCAGCCAUGGGCUACAUUAGAUGCAGAAGUCAACUCCAAGUACAACUUCUAUGUGAAGGCAGAAGAUACAGAAGGAAAGUACAGUUUGGCUGAAGUCUUCAUUACUGUGCUUGAUGUCAAUGACCACUCCCCAGAGUUCAAUGAGAACAUCCAAGAAAAAACAAUGAUUAUUGGAUCACCAGUGAAAGUGGAGGCAAUAGAUCAAGAUGCAGAAGAACCCAACAACAUAGUUGACUACUCCAUUAUGCAAGCAGAUCCAGCCAACGUGUUUGAUAUAGACCAAAGCACUGGAGAAAUAAAGCUGAAAUCCUACAUAAGGUCCUUGGACAUCAUUCACAAUAUCACCAACAACAAAGAUUGCAUCUGGUCUGUAGUAGUCCAGGCCAAAGAUCGGGGCUCUCCUUCAUUUAGUACUACGGCCGUCUUGAAGAUUGAUAUCACUGAAGAGACUCUUCACAAAGGGCCUAUGGCUGCCUUUUUGAUGCAAACAAAAGAUAACCCCAUGAAAGCCUUAGGAGUGCUAGCUGGUGUCAUGGGGGCAAUGGUGGUGAUCACCAUCUUGAUCUCCACUGCCAUGUUCUGGCGUAAUAAAAGAUCCAACAAAAUCAUGCCGGUGAGACGAAUCAUUAAAAAAAGACAGAACUAUCAACCCAGGACAAUCAGGAUGGAGUGGCUGAAAUUCAAGAGGUCUAGCAAUGCUGCUGAAAAGUUUGCCGUUGAAGAAGAUAACAAGAGCCUGCAAAAUGAGAACAGCAAUAACAACUUCCAGGUGCCACCACCUCCACCACCCACUGCUCCAGCUCCACCCCCAGUCCCAGUAUUCAAGACCAUUGUCCCUGAAUGGAGAGUGCCCACAGUAUCAGGAUCCCUGAGCCCCAAGAUUAUAAGCAAGCAGAUAAAAAAGAAGGGCCCUGCUUGCACAUCCCACAAUGCCCUGGUGUCGGAGCUGAAGCAGAAGUUUGAACAGCGAAAUGCAGCAAUUGGUCAACCUCACAUUUAGUGAUCCCCCAAAGCUGAAUGUGGAGAGAGAGAGAGAGAGAGAGAGAGAGUGUGUGUGUGUGACUUCAGUGACAAUGUGAUUAUUCUUUUACAUUUUGUACUGAUUCCCCUCUUCCCCCCACCACAAGCUACAAGCACUCAUUAUUUCAUAUUACUGUUUUACGUCCAUUUGCUUGGAUUACAUGCCAGUUUAUAUCCCAUUUCCUUGCGGAAUUGUUUCACCUAUAGCAUUGUGAUAUCAUAUAGAUUUGUUUUCAUUUUUAUCCAGAUUAUGCAUGCAAAGUCUGUUUUUUGUGAUGCACAAAGAUGCUGAUUUCUUCUGAUUCAGGCCAACGUUUUGAGGAAUUUCCAGUGGUUUUGUUUAAAGUGCAGUUUCAAGUUGUUGUUUUAAUAAACAGACUCACAAUAGAGGUCUCCAGGCAAACAUGGAGAAGGCUAAUAAGGCCUGAGUAUAGCCCAUAUCAUUGCAUUCUAGAUCUCAUACUCACCAACAUUUGGCAAGACUUGGAUUCUUCACCUCAGAAAUUGGUCUGCCCCAGCCAUGUCCUGGGAAUCCUGCCCAAAAUAUGUCUGAGGCAGAAUCUGACACCGCUCUUAAUCAUCUAGCCUCCAAGCAAGGAGACUGUUGUGCCCCAAACUGAAAUUUGAUUGAUUCAACUUGCCCCAAGCUGUCCAGGAACAGCUCUCUGAUGCAAAGGAAAGGAAGUGAAGGAUCACAGCAAGAGAUGACAGGCUGAUGGAUUAAGCUCAGAAAUGAAUAGCCUGCUACAGGUUGCAGAGGAUCAACAUGGCAUGGAAUAGAAACAGCAGGUGAACCUAGAUUGUUGCAGGGUCCAUUGUGUGCAGGGAGUGAAUUCAGAGCAGGGCACCAAAAUGUUCAGGAUUGACCUUCUGGUUACAUACAGUUCCAUCUGAUGACUGCCCCAUUACAAAUAAGUUGAAGUUGUUGCAACCACAAUUAGGAUACCUGCCUGUGCAAGCAGAUUCAGCAUUGCAAGAUUGGAGAGCAAGUACUGAGUAAUGAGUAUGAAUUAAGAAAGACAAUCAGAUGCCAUAUUCAGAGAUCAAAGCCAGAGAAUCUGUCCAAGCAGUAGCCAAACAAGUUAUGCUUAAAUACAGAACUGAAGAUGGGAAGAGGUUGGGGAAACACUCAGUACUGGACGGGACUAGUGGUUUGAGGGCAACAGCUUGGUUUCAAGGGGACUUCUAAGCAAGUGCACUUAAAAUCCCAAUAGCUAUCAAGGUAGUUCUCAUGAUGGUGUACUGGGUUGGACCAGCAUCCUAUCCAGCUUCAGGAGUUACGAGCACUCCCAAUUUUUGGUCAUCUGUCAGCAAAAAUCUAGGUAGUAGGAGGGGGAAGUACCGUGUGGAAGGUGGGUACAGCCUCUGACAGCACUGUCUUACUAACACUUUUUCCUAGCUAAUUGUUGGUGGAGGAAAUUUAUUUAUUAUUUAUUUAGUAGUUAGAUUUAUAUGUCACCCUUCUCCCUUAGGACUCAGGGCAGCUUACAAGCAAUAACAUACACAGCAACACAAUUCUAUAAAAUACAUCUUACCUAACGUCAUAACCCCAACCCCAUACAGUACUCAUUCCACAUGACAUAGUAACCAUGGAUUACAAGAUCACUCUACGACCAGCUAUCUCAGUGACCGAACACUUCAGUCUUACCUGCUGUUGGAGCCUGCUUCUGCCUCCCACAUGAUCACUUCCCCCUACUUCUUCCUAGGUUUUUGCUGAGUGAUGACUAAAAAUUGGCAGUGUGCACAGCUCCUGAAGCUGGGUAGGAUGCUUAUCCUACCCAAUUUACUAUUGUGAGAACUAGCCUAUAGUGUGUUUUUUGUCAGCUUUCAAAGAAACAUGUUCUUGGUUCCUCAAAAGUGAGCAGGCUAGUGCUGACCUUCACAAUUUCACCAGUCACUUGGUGAAAUGGUUUGUGAAGAGGGAGGAAAUGGGUUUAGGGGAAACAAAACAGGACUUUUCAUUCAAAUGUUUGAUACAUUUCAGGAGCCUUAAUGGGAGCAGUAGAAGUACCAUCAAUCUCCUUGGUAACCUUUCUUUUUUUACCAUGUCUGUGCAGGCAUUAGCGGCGGCAGCACUGUAAGCCUUCCCAGUAGCCUGCUCCUUUCAACCACCAUUUGCCCCCCUGGAAUGGAAAUUGAUGUUAUCAGGAACAUUGUCCUGCUGCAGUAUUCCCCAAUGGAUUCCAUAGGGUGGAAAUGGCAGGAAGACUUCCAGCACUGCUGCCAUCUUCACAGGAGGCUUUACAGACAGGGCUGUUACCGCAAAUCUCCUCCAGAAGAGAGUGUGUGCGUUCACACACCAGCCAAACCUACCCCAAAGUCCAUUCGAGAUCCUUGGAAGCACUCCACACACAAAUCAGGCUUUGUCUUCCAAAUUCUAGCUUAUCUCGAUGUAUUUCCAGGUUUUUAAAAUGCUGGUUUUAAGAGAGUUUUUUUGAGAACACCAGAGCAAAUAGGGAAGGACACUGACAUAGAAUUAUUAACAUGAUAAGCGAAAAACACUCUUUUAGGAAUGCAGAUAUAGGCUUUAGAAAUCUCCCCCGCCCAUUGGCUAGAAGGAAAACACAGAGGCAUGCGAUAUGAACUUGGGAGCAACUCUCCCUGUGGCACUAUGAAUGUGGCGCUGGCUUUUGCAUGCAAACGGAGUCAUGUGGCCCCAUUUGCAAGCAAGCCCCUUCCCCUGCAUCUGAUAUCAGAUGCAGGGGUGGAGCUUAGCAUCUGAUGCCAGAUGCAGGGGGGUGGGGCUAGGGGGCCACAGCAGCAGGCUGGACCCAGGCUGCCACUGGCCUCCCUCCACCCCGUCCUCAGUUGUGGAAUGGUCAGACUCUGGUUACUCAUUAGUGAGAGAAGUACACUCUGCAUGUUCUCAGGGGUGUUCGCAUCUUUAUUACUGCACACAUUCUAGUCAUCAUUUCAAACAGGUUGCUGACUUGACUCUGAUGGAGUUCUGGCUCAAACAGCCAUCUUCAAAACAAAAUGGCACAUAGUAUUUUGGUCAAAAAAAUUUGUACCACACACUCAGUAUUAUUGGGUAGACUUGUUUCUGUGCUAUAUGCCUCAUUGCUCCAGUUCAAUUUAUUUAUGUUUUAUUUUUAUUUAUUUAUUUAUUUAUUUAUUUAUUUAUUUAUUUAUUUAUUUAACAUGUUUGUAUAAUGCCCCAAAUGCAAGUCUCAACACAUUGAUAUACAUUUUUAAUAAAGGAGUGGAAUAUUAA